CUUCCCCUGCCCCCUGCGCGGUGUGUGGGUGUCUGUGGCCAGCGGCCAGCUCGUGCUCUCCUCGUCGCCGCGCAGCGCUGAGGAGCGAGGGGGAAGUUACUAUCCCUUUGGAUACAUUCAGAGAGGGCAAUGUCCAGCGUGCCAGUGGCUGUGGUGACUGGGUCCAACAAAGGGAUUGGAUUCGCAAUUGUACGGGCUCUAUGCAAGCAAUUCCCAGGGGAUGUGUACCUGACAGCCCGAGACCCUGGCCGUGGCCAGGAAGCAGUGGCAAAGCUCCAGGAGGAAGGGCUGCGUGCGCUUUUCCAUCAGCUGGAUAUUGAUGAUCUGCAGAGUAUCAGAGCUCUUCGUGACUUCCUAAAGGAGAAAUAUGGAGGGCUGAAUGUGCUGGUUAACAAUGCAGGCAUUGCUUUCAAAGUUCAUGACACAACUCCAUUUGCGGUCCAAGCAGAGGUUACACUGAAGACAAACUUUUUUGGAACCAGGAAUGUUUGCAGAGAAUUGUUGCCUCUCGUGAAGCCUUAUGGUAGAGUGGUGAAUGUCUCUAGUAUGGUAAGUAGCUCAGCUCUGGGAGGCUGCAGCCGAGAACUACAGCAAAAGUUUCGCAGCGACACAAUCACUGAGGAUGAGUUAGUGGAACUCAUGACCAAAUUUGUGGAAGAUACCAAGAAAAGUGUGCAUGAGAAAGAGGGUUGGCCAAAUACUGCCUAUGGGGUAUCCAAAAUUGGUGUCACAGUCUUGUCCAGGAUUCAAGCGCGGAUGUUGAAUGAGAAAAGAAAAGGUGACCACAUCCUUCUCAAUGCCUGCUGUCCUGGAUGGGUGAGAACAGACAUGGCAGGCCCUAAAGCUACUAAAUCCCCAGAUGAAGGGGCUGAGACCCCAGUUUAUUUGGCCCUUUUGCCUUCUGAUGCUGAUGGUCCUCAUGGCCAGUUUCUUAGCAACAAAACUGUUCGAACCUGGUGAGUUUAUGUAUGUGAACCCGUGCAAGCAGUAAUAUGACUGUGGAUUAGCCUGUAGGGCAUUUAGCCGGAGAAGUCUCAUCCUGUCCACAGUAGCAGCAGGGUCCUUUAUUAUUACAAUGAGGGUUACAGUUACGGUACUCCUCUGCGAUUACGUCUACACUAGGGUACGCUUACCAGCAGUCUCUGUUAGCCUGCUCACAGCACUGACUGUGUAGGCCAAAAUUUGGCUUGUGGGUGUUCCAGCCCAGAUGAUACAGGCUAAUUUGGUGUUGCCCUAAUGUAGAGGUGCCUGACCUUACCUGAAUUUACUCUUAAUUAAAUCAUUGCCAGCCCUUCUCCCACUCCCCUGAGACAGAUCUCUGACAUGGAGUUGGGAUGAGGAAGCACAUGCCUUACGUAAAUCUUUCUAGGGACCAUAGUUGCUUCUUGAGGUUAUACAGGGUUUCUUAAAGGGGGAGGGGGUUGCUCUGAGAUCUACAGUCUGACCAGUUUGGGGGGAGGCUAAUAAGACCAGAACAGAAUCGUUGCUGUAUAGAGAUUCCUUACUAUCAGUACAAAAUGGAAUUGGGUGAAAAUAAAAAUAGCAGUGACAUAUCAUUUGUAGAAUUAAUCAGUUGGCUUUAUUAAUAUGUAUGUCAAUAAAGAUUACUUACUGAUUUGUAUUCAUCCAAUCAACUUAUUCUGAUACUAAAUAUUUCUGUUUGAAAAUACACUUUUAUUUUCUGCAGCUAAGUUUGUAGCUGGAAUGUGUGAUGUUUAGACUAUAUAAAGAGAAAAUAAACUACAGAACUGAUAUAGCAAACUAUUCCUCAGGACUUCCAGUUUCGUUAUUAAAAACCUGGAUUAAGUACUCUCCAUGUAGUAGAGAAAAUGAACUGCAGAAGUCAUUGCUGGGCCACGCUCCAUCAUCUUUGAAAGGUCCUGGAGAACAGCCGAAGUGCCUGAGGACUGGAGGAAAGCCAAUGUCACUCCAGCCUUCAAAAAGGGCAAGAAGGAAGACCCAGGAAACUACAGGCAAGUCACCCUCGCCUCCAUCCCUGGAAAGAUGAUGGAACAGCUCAUUCUAGGCGCCAUCUCAAAGCAUCUGGAGGAAAAGAAGGUUAUCAGAAGUAGUCAACAUGGAUUCACCAAGGGGAAGUCAUGUCUGACCAGUGUGAUAGCCUUCUACGAUGGUGUGACUGGAUGGAUAGAUGAGGGGAGGGCAGUAGAUGUUGUCUACCUUGACUUCAGCAAGGCUUCUGACACCGUCUCCCACGUCAUCCUCAUAGGCAAGCUUAGGAAGUGUGGGUUAGAUGAAUGGACAGUGGGGUGGACUGAAAACUGGCUGUUCA